AUGCAAGGGGACACACCCCAGAUUAUAGUCAAUAGAGCCACAGAGGCGCGAGAUAUCUUCGUGAAGCAGGGAGCUUAUACACAAAACCGCCCGCCAUUCCGUUCUAUAAUGCUGCUCCGAGACGGAUAUUUUCCCAGCCUGAUGAACGGAUCAAAAUGGCAAAAUGCGCGGAAGAUGUGGCAGGUUGUGUUAAGUUCAAGUGCGAUAAAAAAUUAUAUCCCCUACCAAGAGCUAGAAAGUGAACAACUACUCCUUGACACCCUCAAUGAACCCCUGCUCUGGUAUGACCAUCUCGAGCGAUUUGCUAACAGCGUCGGGAUGGUUAUGGUGAACGGAUAUAGGAUCACAUCGUCAAGUGACCCGAUAGUGAAGGAGACAGUCGAGGACCUAUACGAUUUGUCAAGGGUGGGGUUUUCAGGCAAUAUGCUUGACUUCUGGCCGUUUCUAGAGAGAGUUGUAUGGACACUCCCGAUAUACAAGUUGGGCCGUAGAAUGGCGAAAAAGCACAAGGAUUAUAUCUGGAAGAAUUACUUCGGGGUGAAGCAAAGGGCUGAACAAGGAACAAGGCUACCAUCAUUCAACCGAACGAUCCAGGAACGGCUCCAGGAAGGUUGGACGGAGGUAUCCGAACUAGAGGGUGCCGAAAUCGGCCAACAUCUGUUGUCUGGCUCAACGGAUACGGUGGUUUCGACAUUGACCACUUGCAUUGCUGCGUUAUGUCUCUUCCCGGACGUGCAACGCAAAGCGCAAGAAGAAAUUGACCGAGUGGUGGGGCUGGACAGACUCCCACGGGGUGAAGAUGAGAUAAAUCUUCCGUAUAUCCAGCAACUGCUACUUGAGGCUCAGCGUUGGUGUCCUGCGAUGCCACUUUGCGUCGCAAGGGUGACCAGCGGCCCAGUCAGCUGGGGGAAAUAUAACUUUCCCGAGAACACUGGACUGACAAUCAAUACAUAUGCGAUCCACAACGACCCGGAAUUGUACCCGGAGCCUCAUAUUUUCAUGCCAGAGCGUUGGGAGGGAAGAAUCAAGGCUGCUCACGGGGAGAACCAGCUUCUUUUUACCUUUGGCGCAGGGCGUCGUUUUUGUCCAGGAAAGAGCUUGGCAGAGAAAAGUCUAUUUAUUGCCAUUGCACGCUGGCUGUGGGCAUUUAACACAUCUCACGCCACAGAUGAAGAGGGAAACAAGAUCCCCAUCGACCCCAAAGAUCUCAGGCCAGGUAAUAUAGUUCGAAUAAAGCGAUUCUCGGCAGACGUCCAGCCGAGAAGCCCCCAACGAGCUGGGGUGAUCCGGAGGGUAUGGAGAGAAAAGUGUGACACUUUGCUGGACGAGAACCACCAGUGGAAGACAAAUCCGGAAAGAAUUGCGGAAUCGAUGAAGAUGGAGUGUGACAUCUAG